AUGGACCCAGUAUCGGCCUUCAGUCUCGCGGUCAAUGUCUUGUCUGUCGUCGACUUCUCCAAGACCUUUCUCGAAAUUCUGGGGCAAGUCAAGGAUGCUGGUUCCUCGAGCGCCACACGAGAUAUUAUCGACAUCAGCAGCAGCUUGAAGGCAUCUACCACCAAACUCACGCCGGAAUUGUUGGCCGAAGGCGAAAAUGAGGGGGCACAGUGCCAGAUCUUGUCAGACGAAUUGAUACAUCUCGCAGAAGACCUUUCUGUGGCGAGUUCGAGUAAGCUCGUAUCGAGGGUCAAGGUCACAGCUCGCACGAUGUGGAGUCAUGGCAAAAUUGAGGAAAAGAAAACCCGACUGGAGGCGAUUCGCCAACAGCUGUUGUUCGACAUUGUUGUCCCCAUGGCCGCGAGAGUCAGCACGAUCCCCAACAUGGCAGCGAUGGACACCCAGACCCAGACUCUGCUCACAGAGAUCAAGGCAGGGGAAGACGCAAACAGGGCCAUGGCAAAACGUCUUCAUGCUUUUCAAGAAGAGCACGCUGCUGUGCAGGCUGUGCAGGCCGAGCGGCACGUUGAGAUUGUCUCUAUUCUGAACGACAUGCAUGGCUCGAAGCCAUGGCCUGCCACGUCCACGACGACAGAGAGCACCCUCAAGCCCAAGCAUUUGGUUUUGAAAACCUUGUUCGACUGCCUCUAUUUCCGCCAAGAAAUUGACCGGUUUCACGACAUCAAACCUGCACAUAAGGGCACUUUUGAGUGGAUUUACGGCGAGCCCCGGCUGGGAGCAAACGGAGCAACGUGGACCAAUUUCCACGAUUGGUUGCAAAACGAUUCCGGUAUCUACUGGAUUUCAGGAAAGGCUGGAUCAGGCAAGUCCACGCUCAUGAAAUUGGUUAGCACCGAUAAGAGGACUCGCCAACCUCUUCUUGAUUGGGGCGUCGGUAGCCGGCUCCUGAUCCUGUCGUUCUACUUCUGGAAUGCGGGUACACCGUUGCAAAAGUCGUUGGAAGGUUUACUCCGAUCCAUCGUCUCCCAGGCUCUAAAGGGAUGCCCCGAGCUUGCCGAAAAAUUAUUCCCCGAUCGUUUCCAACGAUGCAUUGAUGACACUCAUUCCCCUACUAUGCAAGAGCUGGAGAGAGCGUUUGCUUGCUUGACGGCACCAGGGUUGGCGGACGCCUCGCUUACUCCAAUAAAGCUGGUUCUUCUCAUUGACGGGCUUGAUGAGUUCGACGCUGGUUCGAUGAGCCUAACGGAACUUGCGGAACUAUUCACAACGGCCGCCCGGUCUACAUCCUUCAAGGCUGUGUUAUCCAGCCGGCCCGAGAACGCAUUUGAAGAAGCAUUCAUCAGCUGCCCCCGACUAAGACUCCACUUUCUGACCCAUGACGACGUCGUCACAUACGUGAACGAAAAGCUUAGCCAUCGUCCAAGGAUGGUUCAGCUUACACUGCAAGCACCCAACGAGGCACAGGCCCUUAUUGACGAAAUAGUCGAAGCCGCCCAGGGCGUCUUUCUCUGGGUCAGAUUAGUUGUCAGGUCUCUGCUGGAAGGCCUCCAGAAUCAUGACGAGAUCGACACAUUGACCGAAAGACUCCGCGAACUACCCACCGGCCUCGAGGAUUUAUUUCGAGUCAUGCUUGAAAAAGUUCCUCGUUUAUACAGGGGAAGAAUGUCUAAAAUAUUUCAGCUUCUACGGAGCCACUCUGAGAUUCUGUCAGGACGCGAAUCCGAAUUGCUCCUCUCCACCACGACACCACUGACGGCUUUGGGUUUGAAAUUCUCACUUCUCCAUUCAAAAGAGGUGCUACAAGCCGAUGUCCGUCAAUUUCCUGUCAAAACGGCGUUGGAGGAGAUUCGUUCCAUCGAAGCACUUAUCAAGAUUUCUUGCUCCGGCUUGAUUGAACUCGGCGCUCUUGCUGGAGAUGGUCACUCUGAUUCACUUACGGAGUCUGGGGUUGAAACAGAAGCCACAAAUGCCUUAUCUCCUAUCACGGAUGAGUUGACUGACUGGAAAGACUCAAAAGUCGAUUUUCUACACCGGUCUGUGAAAGAAUACCUGUGGAGAGAAGAUGUAUGGAGUGGAAUUCUCACGGAGGCAGGACACGAAGCUUUUCACGCCCGCAUCGCACUACUACAGGGUCUGGUCAUGCAGGCAAAAAAAUGUCCGCACGAAAAAGAGCUCUAUCUCAACUUUUCGCUCUGGGAUAUGGUGUCACUUGCUCUCGAAAUCUCUCGCACUCUUGAAAUUGAACUUGGGACAAGUCAACUAGAGAUGCUUAACGCUUUCGAAGCAGCGCUUACGACAAGACACGGGCUGGACUGGUGGGAUACCUUUUCGGAAAAUUACAAAAGACCUGCUGAGUGGCACGACAACUUUUUCGCAAUUGCUGUGCGUUACGGCUUGCGCUGCUACGUCCAAGCCAGGCUACAGUCGCCUGGUUGGAAGUCCAUUGCCAAACCAGUCCAGAACCCGCAUAUCCAGUAUGGUUGA